GAGCCCAGCGGUGAGGUCAUUAAUAUGCUAAUUACAUUCCUCGGGACAUAUCUUACUCUCGGCGUCCGUCUGGUGAACUCACUCAACCAAAUACUAGUACAACUCGUUAUAAUACUACAACAAAAUGACUAACCUCUCUGAAGACCAGAUUCUCGAGUUGAGAGACGCUUUCUCUCUGUUUGAUCGUUCAGGCCGUGGAACUAUUGAUCCCAAGACUGUGGUAGAUGUGCUAAGGUCAGUUGGUCUAAACCCAAUGAUGGAGGACAUAGAGAAGAUGGAGAAAGAACUCGGCAAGAAGCCAGUAAGUUUUGAUUCUUUCUUGACCCUCUACGUGUCGUUCAACAAGAAACCUAAAGUAGUGAUGGAGGAAUUCAUCGAAGGAUUGCGUGCGUUUGAUAAAGAGAUGGAUGGAACCAUGAGCUCUGCUAUGCUUCGGAAUCUUCUGGUCAGUCUGGGAGAUAAACUGACACCAGAGCAGGCUGAUACUAUCGUAGCUCUACAAGACGAUCGUGGUACGAUUGAAUACGAGAAACUCAUUCAUAAAGUCAUGGAUAACUAGUGCGAUUUAUUAGCGAAGUAUUAUUCCGUAUUAUUAAGACCUUGAGUGAACUUCAUUGGAAACAUCACUUGAAACUUGAAACGGAUACGAUAAGAAAGCCGAAAGAAAUUUCAAGUAUUUAAAGGAGCAGUCCCGCUAAAUAAUCUGGUAAACUGUAUUGAACUUUUUUCAAUUUAGAGCUUGUUUCUCUGCUGAUGAUACGCUAGAGCUCAGUGAUUGUUUUCAAACUAAGAAUUAUUUUUUUAGAGCCAAUCUUUUGUGUUGUUGUAUUGUUUUAAGAUCUGAUCGCAUAUGGACUCGUUGAUUAAAAUUGUAAAUUCUAAGGCAUGUCGAAUCGUAACACAGAAAGAUUCACUCAAAAUAUAUAAUACUUGUAUGUAAUUUUAACUUUUAAAAUCCGAAUCAAGAUAUUAAAAAUUUAGAAAUUUUUUUCA